AUGUCACUCAGUGGGAAAGUAGCUGUGGUGACAGGAGCUGCUGCAGGAAUUGGCAAAGCCUUCUGCGAGAUUCUCCACAAGAAUAGCGCAACCGUUGUUCUGCUGGAUGUGAACGAAAGUGCGGGAGAAAGUUUGAUGGACUCUCUCAACGAGGACGGGCAAAACCGAGCUCUUUUUCUGACCUGCGACGUCACAUCAGAGCAGCAGCUGAAAGGUGUCUUCAAGAUAAUUGCAGAGAAUUUCGGAGGAAUCGACAUCUUGUGCAACAACGCCGGCAUCGUAGACGAAAAAAACUGGGAACAAACUGUUGACAUCAACCUUCUCGGUGUCAUCAAAGGGACCUACGCAGCCCUGGAGCACAUGAGCAAAUUGAACGGCGGUCGAGGAGGUGUCAUCGUCAACACUGCGUCCAUGGCAGGUAUCAAACCUCUGAUAAGCUGCCCAGUCUACAGUGCCACAAAGAGUGCUGUGAUAGGCUUCUCCAGAGCCAUGGCGGGCGCCUCGACCAUGGCGGGGUAUGGCAUUCGCUUCAACGCCCUUUGCCCGGCUUUGGUGCAGACUGAGCUGCUGACCAGUUUAACAGACAAACUAGGCCAAUUCACACACCUAGGGGAAACUACAAGAAAACUACUAGAGAAGCACGGCGUGCUAAGUGCCUCGGAGGUAGCCGAGUGCCUUCUGGAGCUGGUGACGGACGAGAGCAAGAAUGGAGAAGCCCUCAUGAUCUCCUUCAGGGGAAAGAUGUACACUACGUUCCCUUCUAUCGAGAUGGAACCCAAAUAG